AAUCCUCGAAAGACAACCAACGUUUACAUUCGAGGGUUAGCUCCCAGAACGACUGAUGACAUUCUUCACAAAAUAGUAUCGCGAUUUGGAGUAGUGACUACAGCUAAAGCCAUGAUGGACAAUCUUACUGGAAUGUGCAAAGGCUUUGGAUUUGCUCAGUUUGAGACUGAGCAGCAAGCUAUGAGCUGCAUCUGUGGUCUUGCGGAGUACGGAUAUCAAACGUCGUUUGCCAAGCAAUCGUUUGCUCUGCGACUAAAAGAACUUCAAGACCAAGAGUCUACGAACAUCUAUUUCUCAAACAUUCCGCGCCAUUGGGACAAAACUGAAUUUAAGCAGCUUCUAGAGUCGUACUCCGUUGUUUCCUUGAAAGUGCUCAGGGAUGGGCAUGGCAACAACAGAGGGGUCGGGUUUGCUAGAUUUGCUCGAAGAGAUAUUGCUGAGGAGGUUAUUGAAAAGCUUCAUGGUCAACCGAUCGGUGAGGGAGGCACUCCUAUUCAAGUGCGAUUUAGCGAUACAGAGGCGCAGAAGAAGUUGAAGCAGAUCACAGUCAAAAAGCGCAACUGGAGAGCACAAGAAUACCAUCUGCUCGCUGCACGCUAUGCUAUGGACGAAUAUCCCACCACAUAUGGCGGAAUGUAUCCAGUUCCUUCUUAUCCUGCUAAUCAAAUCCUACCGUAUGGUUCGCCUGUUUUUUCUAGCUCUCCGAAUGACGGAAGUUCGUCUCUCCCUUCUCAACAGCAGGCUGGGAUCGUCUACGAUUGGAAAUACUCGUCUGAGAAUGGAUCAUCGAACAACUUGAAGUACAGCCAAUCUGCUACUCAUGUCCCCAAUUAUUACUACAAAUAA